GUGAGUAAUAUCCCAGCAGCACCGUGAGAACAGAAGCCAUUCUUCAGGCUCUGCGCUGGGCACAGACGGAUUAUGCUCACAGCUGAAUGCCUUCUGCUCUUUGUCGCCCUGUCACAGCAGAUUUCGGCUCAGCUCUGCCCCAGCCAAUGCACAUGCUCCUGGGCUCCAGCAAGAUGUCCUCCAGGAGUCCCACUUCUUCUGGAUGGCUGCGGAUGCUGUAAGAUUUGUGCACGCCGACUUGGUGAACCAUGUAACAAGAUCUACCUAUGUGAUCAGACCCAGGAGCUUGUCUGUGAUUAUUCUACAAGCAAGGAUGGAGGAAGAAGUGGAACCUGCAACUAUAAUGACGGUGACAGCUGUGACGUAGAUGGGAAGGUGUAUCAAGAUGGAGAGACAUUUCAGCCGAGCUGUAAACUCCAGUGUAAAUGUGAGGAUGGAGGGGUGACGUGCGUCCCACUUUGCAGUGAAGAUGUCCAGCUGCCAACGCCAACAUGUCCCUUCCCGCGCCGCGUAACAGUUUCAGGAAAGUGCUGUCCACAGUGGAGAUGUGAUGGACACCCAAGCAGUCUGGAGACAGAAGGACUGACACAGACGGCACCAAUAAACUGCCCGGAAUGGAACACAGAAUGGGGAGCGUGUUCUGCUCUUUGUGGCAUGGGCAUCUCCUCUCGUGUGACCAACCAGAACCCAUAUUGUAGACUGGAGAGUCAGCAUCGCCUGUGCAUGGUGCGACCCUGUGGAGCCCCAUCAGCUGCCACUGGGAUCACAGCCUGCAAGCCAACCCUGGUGUCUUCUCAUCCAAUUAGGUGGGAGACUCAGGACUGCAUCAGUAUCAGAACUUUUUGGCCUACAUUUUGUGGUUCCUGCGGCAGGAGGCACUGUGUUCCCUAUCAGACUGUAAAUGAAUUGGUUGCAUUCCAGUGCACUGCAGGGUUGAGGAUGAAGUUGAUGAUGUUUAUAGUGUCCUGUGUUUGCUAAUAACAAAAUUAGAAAAAUUAAGUGUACUAUGGACACACCAGUCAGGAUCACCUGCUCGUGUAUACAGACAUGGCUCUCUGGAAAGUCCCCACCAGGAUCACCUGCUCGUGUAUACAGACAUAGCGCUCUGGAAAGUCCCCACCAGGAUCACCUGCUCGUAUAUACAGACAUAGCGCUCUGGAAAGUCCCCACCAGGAUCACCUGCUCGUGUAUACAGACAUAGCGCUCUGGAAAGUCCCCACCAGGAUCACCUGCUCGUGUAUACAAACAUUGCGCUCUGGAAAGUCCCCACCAGGAUCACCUGCUCGUGUAUACAGACAUAGCGCUCUGGAAAGUCCCCACCAGGAUCACCUGCUUGUGUAUACAGACAUUGGUGUGUGGAAAGUUCCCACCAGGAUCACCUGCUUGUGUAUACAGACAUUGGUGUCUGGAAAGUUCUCACCAGGAUCACCUGCUCGUGUAUACAGACAUUGCUGUCUGGAAAGUUCUCACCAGGAUCACCUGCUCGUGUAUACAGACAUAGCGCUCUGGAAAGUCCCCACCAGGAUCACCUGCUCGUGUAUACAGACAUAGCGCUCUGGAAAGUCCCCACCAGGAUCACCUGCUCGUGUAUACAGACAUUGCGCUCUGGAAAGUCCCCACCAGGAUCACCUGCUCGUGUUUAAAGACAUAGCGCUCUGGAAAGUCCCCACCAGGAUCACCUGCUCGUGUAUACAGACAUUGCGCUCUGGAAUGUCCCCUCCAGGAUCACCUGCUCGUGUAUACAGACAUUGCUGUCUGGAAAGUCCCCACCAGGAUCACCUGCUCGUGUAUACAGACAUUGCUCUCUGGAAAGUUCUCACCAGGAUCACCUGCUCAUGUAUACAGACAUUGGUCUCUGGAAAGAUCUCACCAGGAUCACCUGCUCGUGUAUACAGACAUGGCUCUCUGGAAAGUUCUCACCAGGAUCACCUGCUUGUGUAUACAGACAUAGCGCUCUGGAAAGUUCUCACCAGGAUCACCUGCUCGUGUAUACAGACAUUGCCCUCUGGAAAGUCCCCACGAGGAUCACCUGUUCGUGUAUACAUAUAUGGAGCUCUGGAAUGACCCAAUCAGAAUCAACUGCUCAUGCACACAGACAUCGAACUCUGGAAAGACUCCACUUGGAUCACUUGCUCAUGUAUACAGACAUGGAGUUCAGGAAGGCCUCACCAGGACCACCUGCUCAUGUUCACAAAUACUGGGGUGUAUGGUGUGGAGUACUGAAUGUACUGAGGUGUAUAUUGAGUGUAUUGGGGUGUACUGUAUGUUGAGUGUAUUGGGGGACAUGGGAAGCGACCCAGGUCUAUCAGGAAUUUUCUGUGGCGGUGUCUAAGGGUAGACGAGCUGAGUAUGGUAGUGUGUAUAUGGGGUGUGAGUGAGCUGCAUGUAUGGGGGUAUGCUGUUUUUUUGGGGGGGUGUAUGGGUGGUCUGAGCUAAGUGUAUGGGGCCAGUGCUGUUAUUGAGGUGUAUGCAGCUGUGCUGAGAGUACUGGAGUGUAUUGAGGAAGUGCUGAGUGUAUUGGGGUGUAUGGGUGGUGUGAGUUGAGUUCAUCAGGGUGUAUGAAGUCAGUGCUUGUACUGGGGUGUAUGAUGGUGUGAUUUGUUUAUCGGGGUAUAUAGAGGGAGUGCUAAUUGUAUCAAGGUGUAUGGUGUAAACGGUGUUGGGUAUAUGGAGUGCAUUGCGGUGUAUACUGAGUGUAUCGGGGUCUAUGCUGAGUUUAUCGUAUCAGGGUGUAUGGGGUAGAGUGUUCUGUAUUAUUGGGGUGUAUGCAUGGUGUGAGUUGAGUUCAUCAGGGUGUAUGAAGCCAAUGCUCGUACUGGGGUGUAUGAUGGUGUGAUUUAUGUAUUGGGGUAUAUGGAGGGAAUGCUACGUGUAUCAAGGUAUAUGGUAUAGACAGUGUUGGGUAUACGGAGUAAGUGCUUAGUGCAGUGGGGUGUGUUGUUGAGUGUAUUGGGAUAUAUGGAGGGAUGCUGUGCAUGAGGGUGUGAGAACAUUGACCCUUUUAUCCAAUGCUGGUGUAAGGAUUUUUGGCACCCUAGGUGAAACACUUAUUUUUACAACCACCCCCACCCCUUCCCUGGCUCCACUCCUGACUCUACCCCCUGUGCCCUGCCCAUGUAUACCCCACCUUUUUAAUGAAGCGCCCAGCAAAUGCAGCUUCACCAGCACCUAUCAAUGCAGC